ACAUCAACCAAUCCCUGCCAUCCUGCAAUUUCCUCAUGCAUCAGCCUGGAGACACAGGGCAUUUCCUGCUGAACCUGAGCGUCUCCUCCAAGCCACAUCAGCCCCUCAAAAUCUUUCUUUCUGGGCCUUUCUCAUAAAUAAAUUCUUGGUAGAAGGCCGUUCCUCCCAGCAGAGCAGCUCCUCUGGCUGCCACAAGAGGCCAAGGCACUUGGCAGCAAUGCGGCUCCUUCACCAUCUCCCAGCUCUCCUAGCUUCCCUGACCUUGCUCCAUGUUGUAGCAUCUGCCAUAAGUGCACAGACCACAAGGACUGUUGCCAUCUCUGAUGCUGUGACCCAGGUCAAGGACCAAGUCAACAAGGCCUUCCUGGAUUCCCGGACCAGGCUGAAGACAGCCCUGAGCUCCAAGGCGCCUACCACCCGACAGCUGUCAGAGUACCUCAAGCAUGCCAAGGGCAGGACUCGCACGGCCAUCCGCAACGGGCAGGUGUGGGAGGAGUCGUUAAAGAAACUGACGAAGAAAGCGACCUUGACCAACGCUACAGACCCCAGUCUGGACUUGACUGCACUCUCUUGGGAGGUAGGCUGUGAGGUCCCGGUUCCUGUGGUGAGAUGCGACAAAAACAACCCUUACCGCACCAUUACGGGCGAGUGUAAUAAUAGGAGGAACCCCUCGCUGGGCGCCGCCAACAGGGCGCUGGCGCGCUGGUUGCCGGCUGAGUACGAAGACGGGCUCGCUCUGCCCUUUGGGUGGACGCCGGGGAAGAAGCGGAAUUGCUUCCCGAUCCCACUGGCCCGUGAAGUAUCGAACCAGAUUGUAAGCUACCUGAAUGAGGAGGGUGUUCUGGACCAAAACAGGUCCCUGCUCUUCAUGCAGUGGGGUCAAAUUGUGGACCAUGACCUGGACUUUGCCCCCGACACCGAGAUGGGGAGCAGCAAGCACUCCAAAGUGCAGUGUGACAAGUACUGUAUCCAGGGAGACAACUGCUUCCCCAUCACGAUCCCACCCGAUGACCCCAAGUUCAAGACUCAAGGGAAGUGCAUGCCUUUCUUCCGAGCCGGGUUUGUCUGCCCUACUCCACCUUACCAGUCCCUGGCCCGUGACCAGAUCAACGCUCUGACUUCCUUCCUGGAUGCCAGCUUCGUGUAUGGUCCUGAGCCCAGCCUCGCUAGCCGCCUCCGCAACCUCAGCAGCCCCCUGGGCCUCAUGGCCAUCAACCAGGAGGUCUGGGACCAUGGGCUGGCCUACCCGCCCUUUGAGAACAAGAAGCGGAGCCCCUGCGAGUUCAUCAACACCACUGCCCACGUGCCCUGCUUCCUGACGGGAGAUUCCCGAGCCAACGAGCAUAGCCUGCUGGCCGUUUCCCACACCCUCUUUCUCCGGGAGCACAACCGGCUGGCCAGAGAACUAAAGAUACUCAACCCUCAGUGGGAUGGAGAGAAGCUCUACCAAGAAGCCCGGAAAAUCCUGGGAGCCUUCGUGCAGAUUAUCACCUUUAGGGACUACCUACCCAUUGUGCUAGGGGUUGAGAUGCAGAAGUGGAUCCCUCCAUACCAAGGCUACAACAAGUCUGUGGAUCCCCGAAUUUCCAAUGUGUUUACCUUUGCCUUACGCUUCGGCCAUUUGGAGGUCCCCUCCACUGUGUCCCGCCUGGAUGAGAACUAUCAGCCACGGUGUCUAGAACCAGAGCUUCCCCUGCACACCCUCUUCUUCAACACCUGGAGGAUAGUCAAAGAUGGUGGAAUUGACCCUCUGGUGCGGGGCCUGCUGGCCAAGAAGUCCAAGUUGAUGAAUCAGGAUAAAAUGAUGACGGGGGAGCUGCGCAACAAGCUUUUCCAGCCCACUCACAAGAUCCACGGCUUUGACCUGGCUGCCAUCAACAUACAGCGUUGCCGAGACCAUGGGAUGCCUGGAUACAACUCCUGGAGAGGAUUCUGUGGCCUCUCACAGCCCCAGACACUGGAGGAGCUGACCGCUGUGCUGAAGAACGAGAUGCUAGCUAAGAAGUUAUUGGAUCUCUACGGGACCCCUGACAACAUUGACAUCUGGAUUGGGGGCAUCGCUGAGCCACUGGUAGAAAGAGGCGCGGUGGGGCCUCUUCUGGCCUGCCUCCUGGGGAAGCAGUUCCAGCAGAUUCGCGAUGGAGACAGGUUCUGGUGGGAGAACCGUGGGGUCUUCACUGAAAAGCAGCGGGACUCUCUACAGAAAAUGUCCUUUUCACGCUUUGUCUGUGACAACACCCGUAUCACCAAGGUCCCACUGAACCCAUUCCAGGUCAACAGCUAUCCCCAAGACUUUGUGAAUUGCUCAGCCAUUGAUGAGCUGGACCUCUCACCCUGGGCCUCAGUGGAGAAUUAGGGGCCCAUCACAUUGUGCAGUAAAGCGCCCUUUGGUCCACGAUGCCCUUUCAAGCAAGUUCAGUGAUCUGGUCCCUGAGACCUCCACACCCUGUCCCAGCCCCUCUUUUCAGGCAGACCUUGCUCCACUUGCCAGAUGCAUACCUCACGCAAGCCCAAGGCCAGCAUCUCAGCCUUUCCAGCCCUUUCACUUAAAAUCCACUGCUCCCACCCCAUCACCUCUACCUGUGGAAAUUUUGUUUCUGUCAUGACUUAGACCGGCUGCAACGCCCUUCCAAUCUAGCUUGCCAGAUGUCACCCAUCCUCUCCCUGGAACAAGUCUUGGCUGGGGCGGUGGCCUUUGUACCCUUCCCUCCUUUCCUCUCAAACUAGUGUGAGUUCCUUGAGCUAGGGACUUCAGUCUGCUUCCGAGUGUCUCCCCUGCCACCCAGCAAGGUGCUUAGCAUACAGUAAGUGCUCAAUAAACAUCUGCUGAUUGACUAAA